AUUACGUCAUUGGUUAACUUAUAUAUUGCACCUGUGAUUUAGUUUAUUUAUUGGACGGUAAAAGUAGAACAACGGCCAUAUAACCCUGAAAUAUAAGACAUCGGACUAAUGACUAUUGACAUCUAUCUGGGUAACUGUUGCCGUUAUGAUAUUAAUUAAAAAAAAAAAAUUUUAAGUGCUAUGGCUGACAAAACAAUCAUAAAGAGUAAAGAAAUCGUUUUCAUUUUUUGUUCAUUUAAUGAGUCCGAAAAAGAUAGUCUCAUUCAAAAAAUUAACAGUAUUCCUGGAGGAGUCUACCUAGAUGCACAGCAUUAUAAAAGUAUUUGCAACAUUGUCGUAUGUAAGUCUCCGAAUCAGAAUGAAAUAUACUUAUGCGGUUGUCUUGCAGGUAAAACUAUUGUUACUCCUCAAUACAUCACAGAUUCUUAUACUCUUGGUGAAUGGAUUGAGGAAAAACCAUAUGAGUGGUAUCGUCAACCACUUCAAGUUGGAACAAAUGCAGAUCUGCUAAAACUUCCUUUGCGGUGCAGAGAAUAUGAAAGAUUACACAGUGGAAAGCGUUUAUUGAGCAAUUGGAAAGUUCUGCUUUGCAUUAAAAACUCUAAUUGGAAGAAAGCUUAUCAAAGGCUGCUUGAAGCAGGUGGUGCCAUUAUUAUAAAUUCAAUAGCUUAUCAAGAUGGAAUUACACAUGCUUUUGUGACAUCUGAGUCAUUAAAUGAUCCAUCUUUAAAAAAUUUAAAUUCAGAGAUUAUUCUUCGACCUUGCUACAUUACAGAUUAUAUUGUUAAGAAAAAUAUAAAAAAUGUGAAAAAGUAUCAACUAUUGCAGAAACAUGUUCAACUCUCUACGAAAAUUAAUUCUCCUAAAAAACCUUACUUCACAUGCAAUUCAUCAAACCAAAAGACAAUAAUGGAAUUCUUUAACAAAAAAAGGAAACUCUCUGAUGAUGCUAGGAUUCCAAGCCACAAUAAACAACAAGCUUGUGAUUCACAUAUUCAAUUGCAUAAGAAAUUUGAUUCAUUUGGUUCAACAAACUUAACGUUUUCGCCUCAAUGUUCUGAUAACAAAGAAACUAUUUUUAAGGGUGAUAGUAAAGUGUUUGAUUGCAACACAAAAAAACUAUUUAAUAGUGAUAAUGUUAUUGAAAUAUCAAGUGAUGAAGAUGAUAUAGUCAGUGUAAAUAACAAUGAUUUCACUAACAAACUUUCUAUAACUCAGAGCACUGCUGCUGAUGUGAACAAGCCUCACACCUUUUUAACUCAGAAAAUUGCUACUAGUGUAAACAAACCUCAUACCUUUUUAACUCAGAGCACCGCUGCUGAUGUAAACAAGCCUCACACCCUUUCAAUUCAGAACAUCGCUGCUGGUGUAAACAAAUCUCAUACCGCUUCAACUUGGAACUUUGCUACUGGUGUAAACAAAGCUCAUACCUUUUCAACUCAGAAAAUUUCUACUAGUUUAAACAAACCUCAUACCUUUUUAGAAGUUGAGUUUUUAAAUAAUUCUUUUGAACCUAUUGUUUCAUUGCCAUUAUUAAAUCAAGAAAUUGAAGACUUAAAAAAGUGGCUACAGAUAAAUAUAAUAGAUAAGAUAAUUACUGAAGUUGUUCAAAUAUAUUCUUGUAAUCAUACAUCAGAUUCUUGUAAUCAUACAUCAGAUAGCAACGAUACCUUAGAUAAUAAUAUCACAUCAGAUCAUAAAAGUUUAUUAGAUAACAAUGAUAAAUUAGAUCACAAUGGUUCAUCAGAUAAUAAAAAUAUAUUAUAUAGUAUUGAUACAUCUGUUUACAGUGUUACAUCAGAUAACAGUAAAACAUCUGUUUACAAUGUCACAUCAGAUAACGAAAAUACUUUAGAUUACAGUGUUAUAUCAGAAUACAAUAUUACAUUUAGUAGUAAUGAUACAUUAGAAAACAAUAUUACAUCACCAAAUCGCCAUAAUACAUAUAUAGAGAUAGUUGAAAAAUGUUCUCCUAAGUCAAAGCAAGAAAAAGUUCUAGAUAUUCAAACUAAUUUGAAUAUCCAAGAAAUUGAGAUAGCUAGUUUAAGUCUCAUACCUGACAUUGAUUUUAUAAGAAAAACAAGAAAAAUGACCUCACAGUAUACAAAGCGGACAAUCAAUUCAAAAACUAUGCCAAACCUAAAUUUAAAUGAAAAUAGUCAGCCUGCAGAAAAUAUUUUUAGAAAGGAUGUGCAAAUUAAUUAUCCAAAUAAUUUUAUGCUGCACGAAAAGACAGAAUACAGAGGUUCUAUGUAUCUUUUACGCUCACCUUUACCCUCACGAAUUGAGAGCUUAGUUGAGUCUUAUCUCGAAGAGGGAAGUUUGAAGAAUGCAAUAACUAUAGUGAAGGAAAAUUUAUCAGGGUUUUACUAUCCUUCUGCCAGUAUUAUUUCUCGAUUAUUAGUUAUAUAUUCUCAUGAAACUAAUUUCUCAAUCAGUACAGAGGCAUCUUGUGUGUUACUAAAUAUAUUGUUACUGCAUCCCAUUUCAAAAAUUCCAGAUGUUUAUGAUUUGGCUUUACAAAAACCUAUUCAAGACAAACUUGGCAGUGUUUCUGGAACUAUUACCUCAUGGCAACUUGUUUUAGAAAUUUUUACAAAUGCAACUAAUUGCAUUCAAUCAGAAACUGAUGAAAGUUUAUGGGAACUCAAGUUACAACCAGUUAGGUUUCUUACUUCGAUGAUGGAGCGUGAUCUUUUUCAUGUUUUUCCUUAUGGCUUUGAGAAUUCUGCAACUUCAAAAAGCUUAGAAAAUCUUCGUAAGUUACUAGUGUGGAGAGUGUUUUGGCAAAAUUCAACUGAAAUAAAUAUUAAUUCUAAUGUUAAAGAUCUUUUACACUUGGUGUUUCAUUUAGUUAUAAGCAAUCAAGUAAUGCAGGAACGCAUGAUUCUAAAAGAAUCUUUGAUCAUUCUUUCCUUAGUUGCACGUUGCUGUUUUAUUUCAGACAUGAUUAAAUAUACAACCUUCAUUGGGCGCAUGUGUUUUAAUUUAAUUCAUGAAAUCCAAUCUAAAUGUGAUCAGAAUAUAUCUUCAAACAUUUCUUUUAAUUUGUUGGAAUCUUUUUUUCCCUACCUAAAACCAAAUUGGUUAUCUGGUCGUAUAAUUGAUUAUAUGCUUCAAAGAUAUGACUGUUCAUUUGUAAUGAAAAAAGAUUUAUUAAAGUCACCUUUGUCAAUGGAAAAGAUUAUUACAUGUUAUUUUUUCCUGUACCCUAGACCUUAUUUUGAGCAGUGCGCAUCAAUCAGUAAUAACAACAAAAUAACAUCAUGCACUUCAGGUGCAGCCAAAAAUAUUAACAAGAAAAAUAAAAAAGGUGAAACUGCUUUACAUAUAGCUUGCAUUCGGAAUCAUCCAGACAGAGUUAAAGAGCUUAUUUCAAAUGGUGCAAAUCCUAAUAUUAGAGACAAUGCUGGAUGGUAUCCACUGCAUGAAGCAUCAAUUCAUGGCCAUGUUCAAUGUUUAAAUGCUUUACUGAGCUAUAAAGAUCUUGAUCUCUGUGCUACAAACUAUGAUGGAAUCAGUGCACUUCACGAUGCUGUACAAAAUAAUCGAAUUGAAGUUGCGCAAGUUUUGUUACAUGCUGGAGGUCAUCGACUUUUCUCACUUCAAACUAAAGAUAAUAAAACAGCUAUGGAUAUGGCUAAAACACAAGAGAUGAAAAGUUUAUUGAAUAGAUAUAAUAUAAAUUUCCUAUCAGCUAGUGUUUGUGAGAUAAACGAUAAACUUUAUAAAAAUGUCAAACUCGUUUCAAAUGAUGAUCUACAAAAAUAUUUAUUUUUACUAAUACUGUUGAUAGAAUCGUUAAAAUCAUCAGAAGAAUUAGGUAUCACUAAAUCUCUUCUUACACAACAAUUUAAUUUACUCAAGCAACACAUUGCAUUAAUCGGUGAUAAGAAAACUAUAAAAGUUGCAAUGCUUUUAAAGAAGUUAGAAAAAGUACUUCAGAUCAAUUAUUUCUAGAAGAUCAAUAUUUCUAGUCAAGAAUAAAUUUUGUAUAUAUUUGUGUAUUUGUGUACUGAUACGUUUAUUUUA